CAACACACACGCGCGCGCGCGCGUACACACACACACACACACACACACACACACACACACACACACACACACACGUGUGCGAUUCUCGGCUGCUCCUCCAGCCGCGGUGUCUGUCUUCUCUCGCAGAGACAUCGGCGCCCGCCGUGGAAGUGGGGAGAGCUGCUGCUUGUUCUCUACCCCCCCCUUUUUUGAUUUUUAUUUUUAAUCUCUCUUCCCCCUUCCCAAUACCCAUAGCAUCCUGGAGCACCCCUUUCUGUCGGGUUGCUAGCUGCCAAUCCUGGGGCCUCUCCAUCUCUCUCCCCACUUUGGCUGCAGGAGACCAGUUCAGGUUAGCCCCUUGGGGCUGAACACUGACACACUGAACCCCGCGUCCUUCGGCUCAAUGAUUUCUGCCUAAGAGACUUUUUCCUUUUUUUCCCCGUCUCCUUGCCCUCGCCCCACCAAAAAAAAAAAAAAAAAAAAAAAAAUCCAGAAUUCCCCCUCACUCACCCAAUUACCCAGCCCAUAUUUAUGCUGCCACCCUUCUGAGCACUCACAUUUUCUCUUUUUUAGACAAUUUGAGAGAUCAAUUGGUCAUUAUUUUUGGUUUGUUUGCCAAGUUACAUACUUGAUCUGAUUUUUUUUUCUUUAAUUCCCAUCUAUUCUCUAUUUUGAGGAUUUACCCCCUUUUUAACUCCCCCCUUCCGAUUCUUAAAAAAAAAAAAAUGCACUACUAUCUCCUAAGCGUUUUCCUGACCCUGGAUCUGGUCACCGUGGCGCUGAGCCUCUCUACCUGCAGCACACUCGACAUGGAUCAGUUCAUGCGCAAGAGGAUCGAGGCGAUCCGGGGCCAGAUCCUCAGCAAGCUGAAGCUCACCAGUCCCCCUGAAGAAUACCCCGAACCCGAGGAGGUCCCCCCGGAGGUGAUCUCCAUUUACAACAGCACCAGGGACUUGCUCCAGGAGAAAGCCAACCGGAGGGCAGCGGCUUGCGAGAGGGAGAGGAGCGACGAGGAGUACUAUGCCAAAGAGGUUUACAAAAUAGACAUGCCCUACUACUCGGAAAAUGCCAUCCCGCCCACUUUGUACAGGCCCUACUUUAGAAUUGUCAGAUUUGAUGUCUCAGCUAUGGAGAAGAAUGCUUCCAACUUGGUGAAGGCAGAGUUCAGGGUCUUUCGGCUGCAGAAUCCUAAGGCCCGGGUGUCUGAGCAACGGAUCGAGCUCUAUCAGAUUCUCAAAUCCAAAGACUUAACAUCCCCAACCCAGCGCUACAUUGAUAGCAAAGUUGUUAAGACAAGAGCAGAAGGGGAAUGGCUCUCGUUUGAUGUCACCGAAGCCGUGCAUGAAUGGCUGCACCAUAAAGACAGGAACCUGGGAUUUAAGAUAAGUUUACACUGCCCAUGCUGCACUUUUGUACCAUCCAAUAAUUACAUCAUCCCGAAUAAAAGUGAAGAAUUAGAAGCAAGAUUUGCAGGUAUUGAUGGCUCCUUCAGUGAUCUGAAAACUAUAAAGUCCACUAGGAAAAAAAACAGUGGGAAGACCCCACAUCUCCUGCUAAUGUUGUUACCCUCCUACAGACUUGAGUCGCAACAGUCCAGCCGGCGGAAGAAGCGCGCUCUAGAUGCGGCCUAUUGUUUUAGGAAUGUACAGGAUAACUGUUGCCUGCGUCCACUUUAUAUUGAUUUCAAGAGGGACCUUGGAUGGAAAUGGAUUCAUGAACCCAAGGGGUACAAUGCUAAUUUCUGUGCUGGUGCCUGCCCAUAUCUGUGGAGUUCAGAUACUCAGCAUAGUAGAGUUCUCAGCUUAUACAACACCAUAAACCCAGAAGCAUCUGCGUCUCCUUGCUGUGUAUCCCAGGAUUUAGAACCUCUCACCAUCCUCUACUACGUAGGCAAAACACCCAAGAUUGAACAGCUUUCCAAUAUGAUUGUCAAAUCUUGCAAAUGCAGCUAAAAAUCCUGGAAGCAGAUAAUGAUGAUCACAAUGAUGACGAUGAUCACAAUGAUGAUGAUGAUAAUUGCGAUGAUAAUGACAUGUGUACCAAGGAAA